AUGGAACGACGCAACUCAACAACAAGCCCCAUCUCCCCAUCCUCACCAACAAACUUCCUCCCCCAAAACAUCGCAGACCUCCUCUCAACAACAACCCCCCAACCCCAAUCAAACCAAGUCCACCCAAACUUCCACCCCCUAAUCCACCACCUCCAACAGCGCCUCAAACCCUUAGUCUCAGUAACAACCGACAAAACCCACCCAGACUUCCCCACGACCCUCCUAGCCUACAACCUCCUCACAAUGGAGCAAGUCGACAACCUCGCCCGCCACUUCCACCAGGUCUGGCCUCCUCUCCCUCACUCCGGUGAUUAUCCUGUUCCUAUUAGACCUUGGCUGGGUACACCCGGGGAGAGGGACGUUGAUCUUGAGACGAGAAGGAGGAGGUUUGGGAGAUUUAUUGGACUACGGGGUUGUGAGUCGCCUGUUCGGGAGGGGUUUGAGGAGUUGGAUGAGAUGGAUGCUGAUGAGGUUGCGAUAGUUGGGGAUGGGAAUGGGAAUGGGAAUGGGGACUCUGGGGACGUGGCGAUGGAGAUGGAGGAGUCGGAAAGGGAGAUGCUUGAUCGGAUGGAGAGGGAGUGGCAGGAAGGGCUUGAGAGGGAGUAUGAGAGUCAGGGUCAUCUUUGGAAUUUGAAGUGA